GGUGCACUGCACACACAUCACUAUCAACGGAAUUCAUUUUAGCAAACAUCUCUCUGGGAUUCCGAGCAUAGAAGGCAAGUUUAUCGUCCCCAAAACAACCCGGAUACCUUGGCAAGUGCGUGUUCACUGUUUCGAGAGAAGUCGGUGCUGCCUCUGGUCCAUAUAGUCCCACUCUCCCGCUCGAAUGCAUUGCCCAAGGUUUUGAGGCGGGCUGAGCUCAGUGUAGUCAUAGGUUGAGCUGCAUGCCCCGGAAUUUCAGAAAAGUGCGGACAGAGCAGAAGAUUGUUCCCCGACUCAGGCAGCAUGCUGUCCGGUAGACCCACGGGUGGCAUGGCGCUUGGAAGCGAUUUGCACAAACAAUACCGAAUGGCGCUGGAUCAUUGCGCACGGUCAUAUUCUAGGAUUGCAUGAAGGAUAAAGAAAAGAGUUGAACAUGGUAAAGGGGCAUACAAUGAAUAUGGAUAAAGCCUCGUCUAAGGUCUCUGGAUCCAAAUGUCACACCACCUGGACGCUGCCCCGGGCGGGGACCAGCAGUGUGUGACGUUGACGGGCGUGUGGCGAGGAGAGGAGAGAAGGAGGCCCCGGACACGGUAGCUCUCAGCUGGGACUUGGCAUUAAAUUGGCCCAGGCUUGGCCCUGUGCUUUGAGGAGGAGCUGAGAUUGUGGAGCCCUGCCAUGGUCUAAUAUAUCAGCAUGGAUGGAGUCAGAGUCAGCUUCAGUCAGAGAACCUGCUCUUCCUAAUGCGACACUCUUUCCUCUUAAAGCUGAGGACUAACCAAUUACAGGGGGAUUAAGCCUAACCCUAUGGCUUCCUGUUCUACCACCCCGCGAAGAAGUGAACUGAGCAUUAUCAAACUAUUUUAGAGGACUUUCAUUUUUGUCUACUAUUUUGGGGGAUUUACUUCAUCGCCUUCAAACCUUUUCCCUUUUUAAUACAUUUUAUUGUGUGUUGCUUUUUGAGGCCGUUCCCCUCCUUCUGUUUUUCCACUAUGGAGUUUCAGGUCAGGCUGUGGAAUAAAAAUUGGGGUUCAUUUCUGCGUUUCUGGUUGACAGUCCUCCUGAGCCUCAACUUGCACUUCAGCCGCCCCGCAGCCUCGUGCCCGGAGGAGUGCCGCUGCGACAAAACAUUUGUUUACUGCAACGAGCGGAGCCUGACAUCGGUACCUCUGGGGGUGACAGAGGGCUACAAGAUCCUCUACCUCCACAACAACCAGAUCAACAACGCUGGGUUCCCAUGGGAACUACACAAUGUGGCCUCCGUGGAGACAGUGUUUCUCUACGGCAACCAGCUGGAUGAGUUUCCUCUCAACCUGCCCAAGAACAUCCGGGUUCUCCACCUGCAGGAGAACAACAUCCAGACCAUCUCCAGGGCUGCCUUGGCCCAGCUUCCCCGCCUAGAGGAGCUCCACCUGGAUGAUAACUCCAUCUCUACCGUGGGGGUGGAGGAGGGGGCGUUCCGGGAGGCCGUCAGCCUCAAGCUGCUCUUCCUCACCAAGAACCACCUGAGCAGUGUCCCCAUUGGUCUUCCGGAGGACCUCAAGGAGCUGCGAUUGGACGAGAACCGCAUCGCCAUCAUCGCUGAGGAAGCGUUUCAGAACGUGACGCGACUCCAACGCCUAUUGCUGGAUGGGAACUUGUUGACGGACGAGGGCGUGGCCCCGGGGACGUUCCAGGAGCUGUCCACCCUCCGGGAGCUGGCGCUGGCUCGUAACUCUCUGACGUUCCCCCCACCCCUCCUCCCGACCCAGUCCCUGGUCAAGCUCAGCCUGCAGGAUAAUCAGAUGGACCAUAUUCCAGUGAUGGCCUUCUCCGACCUUCAGAGGCUCGAGAGACUGGAUAUAUCCAACAACCAGUUGCAGACACUGACACAGGGGGUCUUUGACGGCCUCAUCAGCCUCAGACAGCUCACCGUUCGGAACAACCCGUGGCGCUGUGACUGCACUGUCAAAUGGGUGGUGGUGUGGCUCAAGUCACUGCCAGGCUCCAUCAACGUGCGCGGGUUCAUGUGCCAGAGCCCCGAGAGGGUGCGCGGCAUGGCAAUCAGAGAACUCACCCUGGAUGCUAUCCAGUGCUCAGGCGGGACAGACCUCCAGCCUGACCUCUGGCCCACCCUGCGCUCUACGCCCCCACACCCCCAACUCCCCACCACCGCCUCCACCACCUUCCUUACCACCGCCAUGACCACUUCCAUCCCCAUCUCCACAUCCUCCUCUUACCUCACAUCGCCCUCCCUUCCCCCUGCCCUGCCUCCCCACCCCGCUGGACCCCUGCCCCCUUACGAGGAUCCCCUACAGAUAUCCUUCCACGUGGUCAACGCCUCCUGCAUCGAUGUGAGCUGGGCUUCCUACUUCACCGUUACGGCCUACAAGGUGACCUGGGUCAAGAUGGGCAAGAGCCUAAUGAGCGACGUCAGCCGCGAGAGGACGCUGAGUGGGGACAGGCGGAAGCUAAGCUUGACCAACCUGGAGCCCAAGUCAGUGUACCGGAUCUGUGUGUAUGUACUGGACACCCUCAACUCCUACCGCCCAGGUGAGGAUACAAUAUGCUCAGAGGCCAGGACCAAGUCGGCCUCAUCCAACUCCAAUAACAACAAGGCCACAGGGUCAGAGCAAGCCCAACAGGACGCCCACUCCACCCUCCUUUUGGCCGGGGUGAUCGGUGGGGCCGUCCUGGUCGUCCUGGUAAUACUGCUGAGCCUGUUUUGUUGGCACAUGCACAAGAAGAGCCGCUCGGAGUCGUCCAAGUGGAAAUACAACCGGGGCAGGAGAAAAGACGACUACUGCGAGGCAGGUACCAAAAAGGAUAACUCUAUACUGGAAAUGACUGAGACCAGCUUUCAGAUAGUCUCGCUGAACAAUGAGCAACUUUUGAAAGGGGAUUUCAGGAUUCAGCCCAUCUACACACCCAACGGAGGCAUCGGCUUCAGAGACUGCCACCUCAGUGACAAUAGCAUAGCCUACUGCAAGAGCAGCAAUGUUCCCAGCACCGAGUUCUGCCACACGUGAUGCUUCUCACAGGAUAUUCCCACACUGGUUGUCUGACAGAAAGAAACAACAAAGUAGUUAAAUAUACUGUACCAUAUAUAUUUCCAAGUUCUGUCUACGAUGUAAUUUAUACUGUGGACAAUAAUGUGGAAUUCUAUCUGCAAUCUUUUUUAUUCUUAGUAAAAAAAGGAAUACAUAUGUUUUUUUUAAUCAGCGGGAUUUAAAUACAGUAAGUGGUUUUUGCUCAAGUAUUGUCUGUACAUAGAAAUUUGUACAAUAUGGCACGCUGGGUUGGUUCUGACGAACGGUGUCCUGUCUGUCAGGUUUUUGGGUUGUUGGGCGCUAUGAGGGCUGGGAUUCUUUGCUAACCACAGAAGCAAAAAUAUGGCCUUUGUGCAGAGCCACCCCCUCACAGAAACACUAGUUAAGAUAACACAGUGGUCUGGGAAAACUAACACUGCUGAUUAGACUGCAGUGGAAAAUAAGCACUGGUGGUAUUUUUUUUAAAGAAUCAAAGUGCACUUCCUAAUGCAACAGAGAGUGUAAGCAGCCAUUCAAAUGAGCUUUUUGUGGAAAUCCCAUCAGAGGAAUGGGCACACUUUUCAACACCCCCUUUUGCCCUCACAAGACUAAGUGAACACGUUUGAAUGUGGAAGGGAUGGGAGGAAGACUACCUUAACAGGACUAAGUGAACACUUUUCAAUGUGGUAGGGAUGAGAGGGAUAAACCGCCACUGUUGGAUAUAGAUUUGCCUCCAAUGAUACAGGAGUUUUUUCUCUCCAGUUGUGGCCACUAGGGGGCAUGUUUUCUCAGUCAGUGUAGAGUAGAGCGAGGUAUAGGUAGUCUAAGAGAUCCCUUACCUCCAGCAUCCCAUGAGUCCAUUACCUCAGAUGCAUUACAUUACUCAUUCUCAAAUGGCAUUGUUUAGAGUAUUAAUGGUCGCGGAGCUACUUAUGGAAUCAUUUAAAUUGAACAGUGCUCAGCUCUGUUGUUCAGCGGCUAAAUGAUACAGAUAUUAUCAUGGCGGAGGUCCAUGAGGUUGCGUUGCGUGUCUUGUCUUUGCCGGGUGGUGUCUGCCGUGAUGAUGAAUGUGGAGGAGAUACACUCACAGUUAUACAUUCCUCUGCCUUUCUUAAGUCCUUUAUUGUUAAGUACUCAAAUGAAAAUUGAGUGAAUCAGAAUAAACAAUCAAGGCGUUUAUCUGUUUAUCUGCUUUACAAUGUGUUGAUAGAAGGACUUUCCUACUGUAGCAUGUGAUGUGUUUUAUUGUCUACAUGGGAUUGACUAUUCUAUUGAUUAAUUGAUUGUUUGGUUCGAGCUACACAUUCAUCAUCAAUUCCAAACAAUGUUGGCUCCCAGUUAGGAAUGCCUGGUGCCACUGAGGAGUCUUUGUUAUGCACGUCUUACUCAGACUUUAUUUGCUUUGACAAGAUUUUAUUUUGCAGACCGAGUUCAAAGAAUCCACCCCCCCCCCUCUGCCCCGCUCAUAAUCCUCAUCCGAAAAAGGGAGAAAAUAUGCAGACGUUAUUUUUCACUUGGCCGUUCGAAUCACAAGCUGGGAGAGGGAGAAGAGUGCGCGAGAGAGAGAGAGAGAGAGAGAGAGAGAGAGAGAGAGAGAGAGGGGAAGGUCAAAUGACAAGAGUUAACCAUUCACAGGGCACCAAGUCACUGGGUUAAAUACAGUGUAAAACCACGACAUUGCAUUGGUUUGGCUAGAAUUUGAAAGUAUCAAUAGGAAACACCAUUUUAAGGGUGGAACUCUCGUUUUGUGCUCGGCUGUUAAUGGACGUUGUCUCUCUUUGAAGAAUUGCCAUGCCAGUGCACAUCUGCCGUUAGUAAGAACUCCUUUAGUAGAUCCAGAAAUAGUAGGUAGGGAACUUAUGACGCAAUAGACACUAUAAUGCCAUUAUUCACGUUGAUGCUUAAGCUUUCAUGUGUGCUUUCAUAGGGUUUUGAGUCAAAUUUAUAUUCAUACAUCAGAAAUACAUUUGUGUCAUUUAGAAAUAACAGUUGCUCUUCUGUGGUUAUCAAAGUGUCUCCACUUUGUCUACGAACGUACACAUAUCUGUUUAUCAGCCUGUGUUAAAGCCCCACCAGCGGAAGCUGACCUGAAGUCAGUUUGAUACACAUUAGAAGUUACGUCCAAUAAACCCCACUGGCGUAAACUAACCUAAGGUCAGUUUGACACUGCUACAUGGCAAGUUAUGUAAAACAUCCCACCAACAUUUACUGACCUAAGGUCACACUGCUACAUGGCCGUAGUGCUUUAACAGGUUAUGUAUCCACUGAACACUUCAUCCUACCUGCCUGUGGCAAAGUCGGCCAGUCUGACAAUAAUCCCAUACAGCAAAGUAUCUUUAUUUUCAUUAGUGAUUAGGAUUUAAAUGUAAUGUUAGUCUUUCAGGCCAACCUGUUGCAACACUUUUCCCCAAAUUAAAGAAUGUUCCAAGAAGUGAUAGAGGUCCAUUUAUUGCCUUACUUUUAUGCAGUACUGUACCGGCUAACUGCACUUAGUUUGUUCAAGGACUUUUUCAGAGAAGAAGCAAUUUAUAAACUGUGAAAGAGACAAUGACAGUAAUUGAAUAGUUACUGUAUGGAAAGCACAUAUUUUCAUAUUGGUGAAAAAACUACGAGUGACAGACAGCAAUAGACCCAACACAUAAUUAAUGAAAGCCUGUUCAUUCGUAACGACGCCCUCGAGUGGUGCUGGGUAAUGAUACAAAGUGACUGAGAAGCCUUGUUGUUUGUUUGUGGCAGUACAUUACUCUAAAUUCCCUCCCUCAUUUGAAGAAAGUACACAAACGCAAUGGCGUGACCAAUGGAAUUAGACCGAACACAUUAGAGAAAGAGGGAGAAAGAGUGAAAAAAAAGAGAGACUGCAACCUCUGUUUGUUACUGUUUCAGGCUUUGAUAGUAACUUCCUUUAAGCUCAUUCAUUCUCAUUGGAAUAAUUAUGUUAAAUCACUGAGAGGUCAAAUCAAAAUAAGCACCCAAGUGAAUAAAAUUGAAUACAUUUUAAGUCGUAUUUACACCUUGUAGACCAACAUUAAAAGUCUUCAGAAAACUAGAAGUCUUCAGCAAACAAUUCAUGGGUGUUUGAAGUAAUUAGAUUUUCUCUUACAGCUGCUGGGUCGAAUUAAUGGAAAUACUAUGAACAACGACAGGUUAUUUGUUCAUGUAUCAUUUGACAGAAGAAAGUAUGCUGAAAAUUAACAAUGCGUGUCAUUUGGCUUGGGGUUCUUGGCUAUUAUGGCUUUUCAUUUCGACAUUGAGUUGUUUUGACUUUAACAACAUAAACUAAUAUGCUUACUUAGGAACCAAAGUUACAUUUCUUUUCUCAUGAUAAAAUAUUGUUGUUGUCCCAUGUAUGUGCCUUGAGGUUAACUUACGAUGUAAAGUCCUUGAAACCUUUAAAUGUUUUUGCACAAAAUGUAAAUAUAGAAGUUAAGCUUUUUGCAAAUAAAAGAGCCAUUAUGUGA